AUGCCACAGAGUACAACAUCGACCCAGCACAUCCGCAUCAGUCUCGAUGGUCACGACAUUCAAUUUGACAGAGCUCACCUCCCUGACCCGCCUGCAAUCCACUUUUCGGACGACAUCUCGGCUCUCUUCCGAGACUGGCACAUGUCGCAGUGGCUAAGGAUCAACGGGCGCGGGAUUCCAAUCAAACAUUGGGACAAGAUCUACAAGAAGCGCAACGGAUUAGUGGAGACGGACGCGUGGAAGGCAAUCAAAGUCGAAUGGGGGAACUGGAAGUUCUUGGUGGCAGAACGCGAACGUUUUCCGUCGGAGGAGACCUUCUGGAACAUGUAUAGUGACGAGAAGGGAGAGAAACUAUCAUACCAGCAGAUCCUCGACAAGCUGCAGGAGGGCCGAGGAUGCACAGACGAGGUCGACUACAACGCAGCGAUGCAAUAUUUCGGCGGGGACUUGGACCGCGCCGACGCGCAUGGCGCGUUUCGCUACAGGAAGAGCGGCAAGUGGAUCAUCAGCAGCAAGAAGCUUGUCGUCGCGAGAACAUGGCGCAAAAUUCUGGCCGAGGACGCGGGGAUUCGUUCUAAUUGGGAGGCCAUGCAGCAAGUGUCGGGCUCGUCAGAUGGGUGUACCACGCCCUUAUAG